AUGUAUCAGGCUAUGUGUCCCUACUUUAUUGGCAACACGCUCCGCUUGCACGCCGGAGAUGAGAAACCGAUAACAGCCACUAUUCUUGAAGUUUUCACACCAUUCACGCUCUCUUGCGUGUUGGUUGUGCAGGCGAUACCCGCGGUCAUUAGAUUAAGCCCCACUUCUUUGCGAAUAAAAAGGCCGAUGGUGUUGAAGCUUUACGAUAGGCGGUUUGCAUGUGGUUUCCGCGAAGGGGAGAAAUUCCUGCGCUGGUCUCCUCAAAUCGAGACCGUGUACCAACAAUAUAUCGUGCGCGGGCGUAGACAAGGUUGGAGUAACAGACGACGAGAUGGCAUCGAGCCCUCUGAAGACGAGAAGAGGGCCUUUAGGAUUUCUCUGGAUGAGGAAUACCUCGAUGAUUUGGCAAAAGAGAUCCACGACACUGAAACAAAGGCGUAUCGACGACUGGAAGGCCUGCAGGGGAAGAUAAUACCGAGGCUUUUUGCGAAUGUCAGGAUGAGGGCAGACUUUUCGCCGAAUACCAGCCUCCCGACGAAGGAUAAUAAGAGUUGCGACGAGCCGGUCAUUCCUGGGCUUCUGUUACAACAUAUCCCGGGCUUCCAGCUGCGUCAACUGUCUUUAAAAGCCCCGAGGAAGAUGUGGCAGAGUAUAUGCGACGAGGCCCUUCGCAUCGUGAACGACGUUGGCGAUUGUGGCAUCAUUAACGAGGAUGUGAAGCCGAGGAACUUCGUCGUACGGGAUGACCGCCCGCAGGGUAACUUCACGGUUUAUAUGAUUGACUUUGGAGUGUGCGCGUUCCGUGAGCAGGUCGAGGACGAAGAAUCGUGGAGGAUGCUGCAAGCUCACGGCGACGAAGAAGGAGCGAUAGGGUACGCCAUGCAAGGGAAGUUGAAUGGGGGCUUCGUAUAUAAGCGAUCCGAGAAGUACUUGAAAUUGGACGACGAAUUCAAAAGCGUCAAAGCACGAUAG